CUGCUCACAGCGGUUGUAUCACCUGUGCCAGUGUGCGUGAAUGCGUGUUCGUGUGCGUGUGUGUCUGUGCCUUGUUGACAGCGCUUUACCUGUGCAGCGACCUCCCACGCUACUUUUUUUCGCUACCUUUGCCAGUUAUCCAUUCCGUGUGCUUAUGAUUCUUCCAGUCUUUUGCAUAGAUGCAUAAAGAUUAAUAUAAAUAAAAGAUUUACCCGUCACAAACGUUACCCCUUAUAGCGUUAAGAGAUACAAACGCCAUCUUUUAGUAAAUCGGAAAAUUAUGCGAGUUAAAUCAUUUCUGUAUUAAACUAUUUCUACGUCAACAUAUCAAUUAAUACAUAAAUGUGUAUUGAACCACACAAUUAAAUUAGCUACAGUGUGCAUGAAGUGUGUGAUAACUAUCAAUACCAAGGAAAAUAAAAUAAAAAAUUAAUAAAAUACUGCAUUCGGUGGAUAAAAAAUAUCGAGAACGUACUUACUCAUUCAAAGCACAUUUACUGAUAUUGCAGUAUUAUAAAAUACUUAAGUGAGCGUCGGUUCCUCUCGUUUUCACUGAGGAAAAUUCAAUAGGGUUGUAGAGGGCCUAAUUCCUUAAUUCAGAACACCAACGAAAAACCUUUUUCUCGGCACCGAACUACAUAUAAGAACAAUGAGCAGGUUGCAAGUGACAUUAAUGGUGGUGACGACAUUGGUGGCGAUGGCACUGUUGCCGGCGGUAGAUGGCUUCUCUCUGGGACGCCUCUUCCCAGCCUCCCGAAGUGGCGUCCGAGGGACACUGAUCAGUAGCCUGCAGUCUUCCACGAAGACGUCUUCCAACGCUCUGAAGGAGGCCUUGAAGCAAGCCGCAACGACCACGGAAAGACCUAAACUGAAGCACCCGGUGACGAACUCUCCCAUCUACUACAUCCGCCUGCCCCCCUCCCCCUACGUCUACAUGCCCGGCCUCGGCUACGUCUCGCCCAACACCGACGCCUUCAAGUUCGUCAGACCUGGAAUCGACUUCGUCAACAACGGCCGCCCAUCCAGCAUCUUCCACUUCAAAGGAGCCUCCACGACUACGAAGACCCCGACGACCACCCCAGCUCCCACGACGACGACGACUACAACUACGACCCCAAAGCCAGCCAAGCCAAGCCCGUCCAAGAAACCCAGCAGCAUCCACUGGCUCACCGGAAAUUGGAUGUUCAACGGAAGACCUUCCAACCUCUUCAUAUUCAACUCUCCCAAUAAUCCCGACCACUUCGAUAUGCUCCACAAGAAAUACAACAAGUCGCGGGUUCUAUUCUAGGCGCCAUUAACCUUGUAUGAUUUUGUACAUUCUGAUGCCGUCAUAAUCAGAUGCUAGAGUUACCAAUAAUAGGAUUUUUGUAUAAUUGAAUACUGCCUCUGACUAAGAUGCUGAAGUUACCCUAUAGGAAAUUUUGAUUGAAACAGAAAGGUAGAGUAAUCCCACAGGCUUCUGUAUUUUUUGGAUACUGUCUAAAAUGAGAAGAUAGAUCUUUCCCACUGAGUUUUGUUACUGUAUUUUGGUAGGAUAAAAAGGAUCCUGUUUGAUUUCUAUUCAGGAUUCUUAUCAGUAAAUCUGUUAAAAUCUUGGAUUACCCUGAUAACUGAGGAAGUAACGCUAAAUUAAACUAAAUUAAAAACCAAAAACAGCUCCGCAGUUUCCGUUAACAGAUUUAUUUUUAUUUACUUUUCAUGGUUUGACCAUUUUAUUCGUUAAUGAUUAGAUAUUUCAGUUUCUCGGCGACAUGCGGUAACUCAGUGAGAUUCAAUUUCUCUCUUUUUUUUAAAAGCUUCUAACCACACUUUAAAUUAAAUUAUAUUAUCAAUAUAUCAGAUUUAGUAUCAUUAUUUUUAUCAUGGAAUGAACACGUCCAGGUGACGUGUCAGAGUGAAUGUCUUAAAUUUUUAAUCUAGGAGAGUAGUUUUAGCCACUUAAGGCGAGAAUGAAGAAUUUUUACUCAAACAUGUCUCUAUUCUUUGUUGUUUUAUCUCUCUCUCUCUCUCUCUCUCUCUCUCUCUCUCUCUCUCUCUCUCUCUCUCUCUCUCUCUCUCUCUCGUCUCAGACGUGCUGUGGUUGCUAGAUAAACUUCUUUUACCCUCAUUAUGACGUAAACGGAACCCUGUAUUGGUCUACAAUCUGUUUCUCAAACCAAACAGGACAGCUUCCAGCCGUCGAUCGUCUCUAUUGGAACAUUUAUUUUCUUUCCCAAAGGAUUUCUGAAGUAAAAAUCACUCAUAAAAAGAGGCCAAAAAGCCAAAAAAUAUUGUAUCUAAAUUGAAAUAUUUCAUAAGCUUUUUUUUUCAUUUUUUUUUGUGCUUUUAGGGCAUUUUUAUAACGAAUUUUGAAAUGGGAAUUUUUUUAUUAUUAUUAUUGAUAGAGAAUAAAAUAAAGCAUGGUUUCAGUAGAACUUUUCACUAGGAUUCCAAAUAUGGUCUUACUUUUUUUCUUUUAAAUUGGAAUCUUAAUUAUUAUUAUUAAUGAUAGAGAAAAAAUAAGGCAUGAUUCUACUUAAACUUUUCGCCAGGAUUCCAAAUAUGAUCUUACUUUUCUUCUUUGAUAUGGGAACUUUUUUUAAUCAUUAUUGAAGAUAGAGAAUAAAUAAACCAGGAUUCCAAAUAUGGUCUUAUUCUUCUUCUACGAUGAAAAAUAACGAAGUUAUUGCGGGUUUUGUAAGUCCCCCAACAGACCUUGGGCUGACUCUCACGAGCAUAGAUGGUCACUACUGCGCCACAGAGGAGCAGCGAAGUGACUGAGUGCAGUGAGAUUCUGUCGUUGCAGAGGAAGCAAGCGAUUACAAUAAGAUCGACAUUUCCAAUGAACACCUUCCCUCUGAUUCCCUUCUAUUCCUUCGUCGCCUGUUUUAUCAUUGUUCGGAUUCAUUCUUCUCUUUAUUCUCGCCUGAAGUGAUGUCUCCAGUGUGCCAUCGAAAAUGUGAUUUUACUUUCCUCUCUUACAUCAGACUUAAUUAAGCAGAUAGAGAAGUCACGUCGUAAUGUUCUGGGAACUUUCUGGUAUAUUGGUCUUUGGUUCCUCGUGGUGUUAUUUGACUCUCAAUGACUAUUUUUUAGUUAAAAAAAAUUUUUUUUAGAGAAAUAUUUUGAAAUCUUUGAACGUCAAUUUCCUGCAGUUAACUUUGAAUUCAUAUCGAUACAAUAUUUUAUUGUCUUCUGUACUUUUGAAUUACAACUCUUAAAUGGAAAAAAAAGGCGUUCGAGUACAUUAAUAGACAAGCGUGAAAAAGCUAUAUAAAUAAAUGAACUGUGUGUAUUCCGAAACCUAAGGAAAAAAUAAGAGUAAAAACUUUCUGGUAUGAGAGGUUUGUUUAUUUAUGUUAUUCUACCUAGGGGCAAUAUCCUUAAAAAAAAUAAAAAUAAAAAAACACACACACACACACCUCCCAACUCGCCUUAUUAUUAUUUUUUUUAUUUAUCUCACCAUUACCCGUGAAAUAUUUCAAUCUAUUCUUCCUUAUUAUGGGAUAAUCAUUUUGUUUAUUGUUAGGAUAUGACCACGCAAUUUGCGCCCAGAUCACUUUAUAGACAAAAUGGGACAGUGGACGUACCCUGAGAAUUAUGUACAGAGACUGUAGGCUCUUGUGAAUCGCUUUUGAUUAUUAAGCUAAACGCGUUCAAAGUCGUACUCAAACUAACCAGGUAAACAACAGAGCCAUAUGAAAUACUACAAGUUGUCGAUGAUAUAGUCACCCGGUAUCGCAUCAAAGUUCUUCUGACAGUCGGAUAUAAUAAUAUAGUCACCCGAAUCGAGUGGGGAAAACAAACCAUUUCUUGUCAGUCUGAAUCAAGUCAAAGACCCCGAGCUCAUCAAGCAGUUAACUGGUCUUAAUUCAAAUACUUCCAGGCACUCAAGUCUAAGACUUCCUGGAGGAAUAUAAUCAAGAGACCUCCUCACAAAAUAGAAUUUCCCGCCAGCCAAGUGGCCGCUGUUAACAGGAUUUGAGCGAUUUGUUCAAUUCGUACUAUCAGGGUCAAAAAUCGCUCUGACUGACCGUUACUUUAGAACCGAAUUCUUCCUCGCAUUGUUAACAACAAACGUUUUGCUCACACACAUCUUUCAUUUCGUCUUCGAGUCUUCCGUUCUUCGAGUUAACAGCCGGUAAUGAUGACUAUUGCCGAGCUUCAAGCGGCUGUAGGAUCGGGGGAUAUUUUGUAGUCAAUCUGCGUGAUUCGACGCUUCCGACAGACUUCGUGGGUUUUUCUUUCGCGAUGUUACGUAAGGUCAAAGGGAGGAGUUUGAUUAACGGGAAAUUUUGGUUGAUGUUUUUUUUUUUAUCUUUGUUUUCUCGAGUUUCUUUUUCUUUGGAGAAAUCUGCUUCAUUGAAAACCAAGUAGUGCUAUGAAAUAGUCCUGAUGUUAUGUGAUUUUUCAAGCUUUUGUAGAAAAUUCAUCUAUGUAGUGUAGUGUACGUAACUUAUUCAUAGAAAAUAUAACUACAUUAAUAGCUAAUAUAUUCAAAAUAUUCCUACUUAUAUUAAAAAGUAUUCUAAAUACCUAUGUGUUUACACAAAUGUUUAAAUAGUUUUUACAGUAAUUAUAACCCCAUUAUUCAGUUUAAGAAUUGCACUUGUUACUAAAAUAUUGUUGAGAUUAUUGAAUUAUAUACUUUUAUAUCCCUGUACAGAUAAUAUAUUGUUACAGCCCCUUUUUCAAAAGGUGGCUACACUGUUGAUAAUGUUAUUUUAGGCAUCUUGCACGUAGCUAUAUGGAUCAUGGAUCGGUGCAAAGAUAUAAUUUGUAUUACAUCAUUUUUAAAUAAAAGUGUUUGUAUUAGCA